CGCUCAGCCUGCUCAAGACAGAGCGCGAGUGAGGAGCAGGCAGGCAGGCGGCGGGCAGCCGGGCAGCCGUGGACAGAGGCCCGGGCACAGCCAGUUGCUGUGCCAGAGGGUGUGGUGUCCGGCUACAGCCCAGCUCAGUCUUCUGGCACCUGCACAACCUCUGCCCAUUUCCCUGGGGGAAAAGCUGAGAAGUAGAGCAAGGAGGUGAUAAUAAUCUUUGCUCCCACAUCUGUUUUCAUCUUUUUCAGAGCAGUCACCUCCAGGAGCUCGGCAUCGCCACUGUAGCCCUGGCAGAUAGAUUGCCCCGAAGUGGCCUCACACCAGAGACAGGUUAAGAAGAGGGAUUGGAGGUCCACCACUCCACUAGCCCAGGAAGGAUUAUCUUUCGCCUCAGCCAGACCUCACCCCAAUUCUGUGAAUCAGCGAAGGAAGGCAAAACUUCAGAGAGUCAGAGGAGGCUGUGCAAGGAGCAGAGACCAGGGCUCACACAGGUGGCCCCAGCCCAGGCCCUGGCCCAGGCCCAGGAGCCUGCUUCCCUGCAUCGCUGAGGAGGAACAGCACCAUGCUGGGUCCUCACCUUCCACCUCCGCCCCUUGCGCCCAGCGAAGGGAGGCCUACCCCCUGCUCCUUCCAGAUCCCUGAUGGAAGCUACAGGUGUCUGGCUCUGGAAGCCGAGGAGAGCAGCGGUGAGGAGGGCCUGCAGGGAGAGGCGGGGCCUACCGACCUGGAAGAGGAUGAGGGGGUCAGCAGGAGUGGGGACAACUCUGCCUGCAGAGUCACCCAGGGGACACCGCAUCUGCCCAAAGCCCUGGGCAUCCAACCAUCCAGCUGCUCCAGAGAGGAACAAGGGUCGUCCCAGCACGACGACAGGGCCAGCCAGGACUGGGAUGUAGUGAAGGCCCAGCAGAUGAUGACAGCCAGCCCCAGUCCUGACUCUGGGCCCAGAGUGGCCCAGAAACCAGCGUUGGGCCGGAGCACUAGCCUCACGGAGAAGGAUCUGAAAGAGGCCAAGGCACGGAGCCAGCAGAUUGCAGCCCAGCUGACCACCCCUCCCAGCUCCAAUUCUCGUGGCGUCCAGCUCUUCAACAGACGCCGGCAGAGGGUGAACGAGUUCACCUUGGAGAGCCACGGCCAGAGGGGACAGAAGCCCAGCCGGGAGUCCCUCAGAGUGCUCCCUGCAAGCCCCCCAGGCCAUGCACCGGGGCUCAGGCUGAGUUUCACCUCGCUGCCAGAGCCAGGCCCUCCACGGCACCCUAGUCCCCAGAGCCCCGACAGAGGGGUCCCUGGCCACAGCAUGGAGGGGUACUCAGAGGAGGCUAGCUUGCUGCGGCACCUGGAGAAGGUGGCCAGUGAGGAGGAAGAGGUACCACUGGUGGUAUAUCUAAAGGAGAAUGCAGCACUGCUGACGGCCAAUGGGCUGCACCUGUCCCAAAACCGAGAGGCCCAGCAGUCCUCACCGGCCCCACCUCCAGCUGAGGUCCACAGCCCAGCUGCAGAUGUCAACCAAAACCUUGCCUCGCCCAGUGCCACGCUCACCACACCAACUUCUAACAGCAGCCACAAUCCGCCAGCCACCGAUGUCAAUCAGAACCCACCGGCAACUGUCGUCCCACAGAGCCUGCCACUUUCUAGCAUCCAACAGAAUUCCUCAGAGGCCCAACUCCCAUCCAAUGGCACAGGGCCUGCUUCCAAACCCAGCACCCUGUGUGCUGAUGGGCAACCCCAGGCACCGGCUGAGGAGGUGAGAUGCAGCACACUCCUAAUUGACAAGGUAUCAACUCCAGCUACCACCACCAGCACCUUCUCCAGAGAAGCUACGCUCAUCCCCAGCUCCAGGCCCCCAGCCUCAGAUUUCAUGUCCAGCUCCCUGCUCAUUGACAUCCAGCCCAACACCCUAGUGGUGUCAGCAGAUCAAGAGAUGUCUGGGCGGGCAGCUGCCACCACGCCCACCAAGGUCUACAGUGAGGUCCACUUCACACUGGCCAAGCCCCCAUCAGUGGUCAACAGGACGGCCAGGCCUUUUGGGAUCCAGGCGCCAGGGGGCACCAGCCAAAUGGAGAGGAGCCCCAUGCUAGAGAGACGACAUUUUGGGGAGAAGGCCCCAGCUCCCCAGCCCCCCAGUUUGCCAGACAGGAGCCCCCGGCCACAGAGACACAUAAUGUCUCGCAGCCCCAUGGUGGAAAGGAGGAUGAUGGGGCAGCGAAGCCCGGCCUCAGAGAGACGCCCCUUGGGGAACUUCACCGCACCCCCCACCUACACUGAGACCUUGUCCACAGCCCCUCUGGCUUCCUGGGUGAGGUCUCCUCCCUCAUAUUCUGUCCUGUAUCCCAGCUCUGACCCCAAGUCUUCUCAUCUGAAGGGCCAGGCGGUUCCUGCCAGCAAGACGGGCAUUCUGGAGGAGUCGAUGGCCCGCCGGGGCACCCGCAAAUCCAUGUUUACCUUCGUGGAGAAGCCCAAGGUGACCCCGAAUCCAGACCUGCUGGAUCUGGUACAGACAGCGGAUGAGAAGCGGCGGCAGAGGGACCAGGGGGAGGUAGGCGUGGAGGAGGAGCCCUUCGCACUGGGGGCCGAGGCCUCCAACUUCCAGCAGGAGCCAGCACCUCGCGACAGGGCCAGCCCCGCGGCGGUGGAGGAGGCGGUCCCAGAGUGGGCCUCCUGCCUCAAGUCACCCCGCAUCCAGGCCAAGCCGAAGCCCAAACCCAACCAGAACCUCUCCGAGGCCUCUGGGAAGGGGGCUGAGCUCUACGCCCGCCGCCAGUCACGGAUGGAGAAAUAUGUCAUCGAGUCUUCAAGCCACACGCCAGAGCUGGCCCGCUGCCCAUCACCUACCAUGUCGCUGCCUUCCUCCUGGAAAUACCCCACUAACGCCCCCGGGGCCUUCCGAGUGGCAUCCCGAAGCCCAGCCCGGACCCCGCCUGCCUCCCUCUACCAUGGCUACCUGCCUGAGAACGGGGUCCUGCGCCCAGAGCCCACCAAGCAGCCGCCGUACCAGCUGCGGCCCUCGCUCUUUGUCCUCUCACCUAUCAAGGAGCCUGCCAAGGUCUCACCAAGAGCUGCCUCGCCCGCCAAGCCCAGCUCCUUGGACCUGGUGCCCAACCUGCCCAAGGGGGCUCUCCCUCCGUCUCCUGCCCUGCCUCGGCCCUCCCGCUCCUCGCCGGGCCUCUACACCUCCCCCGGCCAGGACAGCCUGCAGCCCACUGCCGUGAGUCCUCCUUACGGCGGUGACAUCUCCCCCGUGUCUCCCUCCAGGGCGUGGUCUCCCCGAGCCAAGCAGGCCCCCAGGCCCUCCUUCUCUACCCGGAACGCCGGGAUCGAGGCUCAGGACCGCCGGGAGAGCCUGCCCACCUCCCCACCCUGGACGCCGGGCGCAUCCCGGCCCCCCAGCAGCCUAGACGGCUGGAUGAGCCCGGGGCCGUGGGAGCCACGCCGCGGGAGCAGCAUGAGCAGCCCCCCGCCGCCGCCGCCGCCGCCGCCCAUGUCUCCCUCGUGGAGCGAGCGCUCAGUGUCCCCGCUGCGACCCGAGACCGAGGCGCGGCCCCCCAGCCGCCAGCUGCAGGCGCUUCUGGCGCGAAACAUCAUCAAUGCGGCCCGGCGCAAGAGCGCCUCCCCGCGGUCGGCGGGCGCCGAGAACCUGCGGCCCUUCUCCCCGCCCAGGGCGCCGCCGCCGCCGCCGCCCCCACGCAUGCGCUCGCCACAGCCCGCCCGCCCCGGCUCGGCUGCUGUGCCGGGGGCAGCCUUCGCGCCCAUCCCGCGGAGCCCGUUGCCCGCCGGGCCUUCGUCCUGCACCAGUCCCCGGAGCCCGCUGCCCGCGCCUCCCAGGCCCUUCCUCUGCCGCCGCUCGCCCACGGACUCCGACGUGUCCCUCGACUCUGAGGACUCCGGGGCUAAGUCUCCAGGCAUCCUCGGCUACAAUAUCUGUCCCCGCGGGUGGAAUGGCAGCCUUCGGCUCAAGCGUGGCAGCCUCCCCGCCGAGGCCUCCUGCACCACCUAGAGCCCCACCCCCGACCCCACCCCGGGAGGGCAGAGCCAGAAGAAGGCUCAUUAGACCUGGGGGACCCAAAGGGUCUGGCCUCUUUGGGCAGCCCCAGAGAUGAGGGUUCAGCAGAGGAGAGCUCUGGGGUUGGGGAUGGGUUAGGGACGCAAGCUUGAGUUCUAGCCCUUGCUCUCAUUCAGCUGUUGUGUGACGCUGGGUAAGACCCUUCCUUGUUUGACCCUCAGCUUUCCCAUCUGUUUAAUGGUGGCUUUGGCCAAGGCAAUCCACAAACGUCAAAAUUCCCCUUCCCAUCAGUACACACACAGACACACACACACACUGUCUCUUUCUCUCUCUCUCACACACACACACACACACACACUAGUUAGUGCCUUGGAUGAGGCAGGGCGGUGUGUAUAUGGACCCCUGGACUUGCUACCUUCAGGGUUCCACACUCCUCCCUCCCCUCCUGGCCCUGCUGUCUGGAGUCUGGCAAGCGGGGUGUGUUCAGAAGAUCCUAGGCCUGUGUCCCAUGUCCAGGCACUGGCCUGACCAUCCGGCUCCCUGGCACCAAGUACCAGGCAGGAGCAGCUGUUUUCCAUCCCUUCCCAGACAGCUCUAUUUUUAUCACAAUGACCUUUAGAGAGGUCUCCCAGGCCAGCUCAAGGUGUCCCAUUAUCCCCUCUGGAGAGAAGAGGCAGGAAAAUUCUCCCCGGGUCCCUGUCAUGCUACUUUCUCCAUCCCAGUUCAGACUGUCCAGGACAUCUUAUCUGCAGCCAUAAGAGAAUUAUAAGGCAGUGAUUUCCCUUGGGCCUAGGGCUUGGGCCUCCAGCUCAUCUGUUCCUUCUGGGCCCAUUCAUGGCAGGUUCUAGGCUCAAAGCUGAGCUGGGGAGAGAAGAGAUACAGAGCUACCAUGUGACUUUACCUGAUUGCCCUCAGUUUGGGGUUGCUUAUUGGGAAAGAGAGAGACAAAGAGUUACUUGUUACGGGAAGUAUGAAAAGCACGGCCAGGGUGCAUAGAGGAGAUUCUAGCAGGGGACAGGAUUGGCUCAGAUGACCCCUGAGGGCUCUUCCAGUCUUGAAAUGCAUUCCAUGGUAUUAGGAAGUCGGGGGUGGGUGGUGGUGGUGGGCUAGUUGGGUUUGAAUUUAGGGGCCGAUGAGCUUGGGUACGUGAGCAGGGUGUUAGGUUAGGGUCUGCCUGUAUUUCUGACCCCCUUGGAAAUGUCCCCUUCUUCAGUGUCAGACCUCAGUCCCAGUGUCCAUAUCAUGCCCAGAAAAGUAGACAUUAUCCUGCCCCAUCCCUUCCCCAGUGCACUCUGACCUAGCUAGUGCCUGGUGCCCAGUGACCUGGGGGAGCCUGGCUGCAGGCCCUCACUGGUUCCCUAAACCUUGGUGGCUGUGAUUCCAGUCCCCAGGAGGGACUCAGGGAGGAAUAUGGCUGAGUUCUGUAGUUUCCAGGGUUGGCUGGUAGAGCCUUCUAGAGGUUCAGAAUAUUAGCUUCAGGAUCAGCUAGGGGGAUGGAAUUGGCUGAGGAUCAAACGUAUGUAGGUGAAAGGUUACCAGGAUGUUGCUAAAGGUGAAGGACAGUGUGGGUUUAGGACUUACCAGGGUGACGUUAGAUCUGGAACCCCCAAGUAAGGCUGGAGGGAGUUAAGGUCAGCAUGGAAGAUAGGGUUGGGACGGGGUGCUUUGGAAUGAAAGAGUGACCUUAGAGGGCUCCUUGAGUCUCAGGAAUGCUCCUGCUGGUGUGAAGAUGAGAAGGUGCUCUUACUCAGUUAAUGAUGAGUGACUAUAUUUACCAAAGCCCCCACCUGCUGCUGGGUCCCUUGUAGCACAGGAGACUGGGGCUAAGGGCCCCUCCCAGAGAAGGGACACCAUCAGGCCUCUGGCUGAGGCAGUAGCAUAGAGGAUCCAUUUCUACCUGCAUUUCCCAGAGGACUAGCAGGAGGCAGCCUUGAGAAACCGGCAGUUCCCAAGCCAGCCCCUGGCUGUUCUCUCAUUGUCACUGCCCUCUCCCCAACCUCUCCUCUAACCCACUAGAGCUUGCCUGUGUCCUGCCUCUUGCCUCUUGUAGAAUUCAGCUCUGGCCCUCAAUAAAUGCUUCCUGCAUU